AACACCAACUUCAUCACUUUUUUUCAGGUGGUUCCUCUCUUUGUUAAAAAAAAAAAGAAUUUAUUAGCAAUUUGUUUAAAUUCAUUUCUUGAAGCAUGGUCACUUGCUUUUCAGCUUGCACUUAGCUGCUCUUUCCUAUAAUUAUUAAUUUUUUGUGCUGAAUUGGUUUGUUUAUUAUUAUUUCUUCUCUUUUCCUUGUUACACAAACAAGGAAAAAGGGAGAAAGAACAGUUUUUUUUUUAAUUUUUGAAUAAGUCUUUCUCUACCCUCAGUUGCUCUCAUAAACUCUUGACUCUUUCUUCUGUUUCCUAAUUCGGUUAACACUUAUCAGUUAUCACAUUCCUUGUGUUUGGCUUCUCUUGCUUUCCCUAUUUUAUUUUUCUUCUCACUAAAAGUUCCAUUUUUUUUUUUUUAUAUAAUUUCUGGGGUUAUUAUUGCUUUCUGUGAUUCUGUCUCAGUUCCUGUUUGGUAUCUUAGAGGGAAAUUCAUUGGGUUUGCAGGGUUUUAUCUUGUUAAAUUUAGACCAAUUGGAUAACAGAUAAUAAUCUUCAUUCAACAUCAAUUUCAAGCAUUCUCUGAUUUUUUAUUUUUUUUAUCAAGUGGCUCUUUUUCUAGAUUCUGAUUCCCUUCAAAAUGCUUCUGGAUUUAUCCUUAGACUUGGUAUUGUGGUAAAACCUUUCACUUCUGUUAUCAUUUUCUCUCUUCUGCCUUAUCUUCCUCAGUUUCCACUCAUCAAGUUUCAAUCUUCCUUUGAAUAAGCCCAAAUUUGAUUGUAUGAACCAGUAGCUUUUUGCUUGUACAAAAUUGAAUUGAUGAAGUGGGAAAGUAUAACCCUCUCUUCUCCUACACCUUGCACUCCAAACUCCAACACCAAUUGGUUGGUGAUGGAGGAUAAUAAUAGCAGGAGCACAAAAUGGACCUCUGAAGAGAACAAGCUCUUUGAAAAUGCUCUUGCAGUGCAUGAUAAGGACACCCCGGAUCGGUGGCACAGAGUGGCUGAGAUGAUUCCUGGAAAGACAGUGGUUGAUGUGAUAAGGCAGUACAAGGAGUUGGAAGUAGAUGUUAGCAAUAUAGAAGCUGGUUUGAUUCCAGUUCCUGGCUAUAGUAGCACUGCUACCUCACCCUUCACCUUAGAUUGGGUGAACACUCCUGGCUAUGAUGGGUUUAAAGGAUGUGGAAAGAGAUCUUCCUCAGUGAGACCGAUUGAGCAUGAAAGGAAGAAAGGAGUGCCUUGGACUGAAGACGAACAUAAAUUGUUUCUAUUGGGUCUGAAGAAGUAUGGGAAAGGUGAUUGGAGAAAUAUAUCUCGCAAUUUUGUUAUUACAAGAACUCCAACACAGGUUGCUAGUCAUGCUCAGAAGUACUUCAUAAGGCAGCUUUCAGGAGGCAAAGACAAGAGGAGGGCUAGCAUACAUGACAUAACAACAGUGAAUCUCACAGAAACCAUAACAACUUCUUCAGAAGACACCAAUGGAUCCUCUUCACCACAUGUGCUCUCACAGCAACAACAGCCAAAUUCUACUCCUACUACACCAAGAACUCGUUUUCAGUGGAGUAAUCAGUCUAACACAGGAGUAGCUGUGACUCUCAACCCUGCUCAUGAAAGAGUCUUCAUUUCUCAUUAUGGUGCUAACUCCUUUGGGGUUAAAAUUGAGGGACAGAAUCUUCAUGAGUCUUCUUACUUGCGACCUCAGACACAGAACAUGGUUUUCCAAAUGCAACAGUCCUCUCAACACUAGUUCCAUGCAUUAUCACUUGUUGUAGUGAAUUAUUAAUGGGCAGAAGUAGAACCAGAAUCUUCUGUCCAUUUCAAUAAGUACAGUGCUUGAGUUGAGCUUUUUCCCCAAGUUCUUAUGUGAAUACCCUAGAUUGUUGGUUAGUUAUUAUGAACUUGAAGGAAGGUACAUACAUUUGUUUCUUCAACAAAUAAGAACUUCCUGAAAGGAGUGGCAGGCAACCAAGUCCCCAACGUUGGUUUUGGUUGGUUUUUCUAUGUUGUCUAAGAAUAAUGGAUUUCAAGCCCCGUGUAUAAUUAAUGAAAUGUUUCAACUUAGAGGCAAAGAGGCACUUCAAAUAGUAUGGGAAAAAAAAGAGGCACUUCAAAUUUGAUAACUAGUUAAGCAUAUUUGUAUGUGGAGUAUACUCUUCCUGCUAUUGAAUUCAAAGCAAAAUAUUAUUUGAGAAAUACAUAAUGGGAUACCUUGGCAAUGGUUAGUUAGGUAAGACUAAUGUGUAUGGUGA